UCUCUCUCUCUCUGACUCUCUCCCUCACCAGUGUCAUUUUGAAGUGUAAAGAUCCAUGUGGUUACUUCACCGGCUCGUCUACCAUCACUAGAGGGGAGAGGGAUAAAGGGGAAAAAACACAACAACAACAACAACAACAAAACAAGACAGACAAAAAAAACAGCGCUGCACAGUGUUCGCAUGGGCUGAACAUUUAGUACCCUGGACAUGAGAUGAGAAGGACGUUUUUGAAUUAAGAGCAACAGACGCGGUUAAAGAAAAUCUACCGACUGAAAAUCCAGCUGGUCACCGGCCGUUUCUGGGAAGACCUUCGGUGGAGGAUAAAACACAGGAGCGCAAGGAAAUAGCGUGUGUAUAGGCGAGAGUGUGUGUGGCUGUUGCUUGUGGUUCCCAGUGGAGGUGGAUGAGGACAGCAGUUUACAUCCAGGAUCCCUCUAGGCUUAGGUGUACCUUUGGAAAUUACAGUGUUACUGUGUGAUGCCCACACGCAGAAAUGACCACUGAUCAGGAUCUGCCUAUGGAUGGCCAGCCGACAACGGCCGUGUUUGCUUCAAAGGGCAUUGAUGUAACACCUAAUAAAGACCAAGGAGUUAUCAAGAUUGUGAAGUGUCAGGGGAUUCAUGGGGACCGGCCAAUGAUCGGGGACAAAGUGACUGUCCAUUACACUGGGAAGCUGCUCAACGGGAAGAAGUUUGACUGCAGUCGAGAUCGCAAAGAACCUUUUUGCUUUAAUGUGGGCAAGGGGCAAGUCCUCAAGGCCUGGGAUAUUGGUGUGUUAUCCAUGCAGAGAGGUGAGGCGUGCACGUUACUGUGUAAACCGGAGUAUGCUUACGGAGCUGCAGGUAAUCCCGACAAAAUACCACCCAGCUCUUCAGUGGUGUUUGAGAUGGAGCUACUCAAGUUUGAAGGAGAGACGCUUACAGAUGAUGGCGGCAUCUUAAGAAGAAUAAAGGUCAAAGGAGAAGGUUACACCAAUCCCAACGAUGGAGCAAGUGUUGACGUGCACCUGGAGGGAAGCUGCGGUGGUAAAUUGUUUGACUGCAGGGACGUCAACUUUAUAGUCGGCGAGGCUGAAGAUAAAGGUGUCCCUCUCGGAGUGGACCGAGCCAUGGACAAAAUGCAGAAAGGAGAGUGUUGUAUUCUUUACUUGAAAGCAAAGUAUGGAUUUGGAAGUGAAGGUAAACCAGAGUACAGUAUCGGACCAGACAAAGACAUUGUAUAUGAAGUUACCCUCAAAGACUUUCAAAGGGCUAAAGAACCCUGGGAGAUGGACUUGAAUGAAAAGCUGGAUUUGGCUGCUGGAGUUAAACAUAAAGGGAAUCAGUAUUUUAAGGCAGGUCGGCACCACCAGGCAGUCAUCCAGUACCAGCGUAUUAUUUCAUGGCUGGAAAUGGAGUGUGGUAUUGGGGUAGAAGAGCAGAAGAAGAUACAGGACUUUAUUCUGACAUCACAUCUCAAUUUAGCAUUGUGUUUCCUGCGGUUAAAAGAGUUUUCCCAAGCAGUGGAGAACUGUAACAAGGUGAUUGAGCUCGAUAAGCACAAUGAGAAAGCAUUGUAUCGUCGCGGGGAAGCGCGUCUCCUUCGUAACGAGUUCAGCCUGGCCAUGGCAGACUUUCAGCAAGUGCUGCAAGUCAACCCCUUGAAUCGAGCAGCUCGGGCUCAGAUUUCCAUCUGCCACAGCAAGAUUAAGGAACAUCAUGAGCAGGACAAGAAGACCUACGCCAACAUGUUCCAGAAAUUUGCAGAGCGGGAUGCCAAGAGUGGGAAGAUGAAGAGGAGGUGGGAUGAGAGCAAGAGGAGUGGCCUUAACGGUGAAGUUGUCAUUAAGCGACGGCGGAGGAGUCAGGACUGUCCAUCGAAACAGUGACAUUUGAAAGGGAGACAAGGAAUAACAUCCCUCUCUUUGUUUUCCAGGCUCUGAGAGCAGAGGCAGGAACAAAGUCAUAUGAAGGCCUCUAAUCCAAACCUUUUUAUCCCAAAGUCCAACAUUAUCAUUCCUGCAGAUAAAGCAGAGAGUUAGCAGGGGUGUUGGCACAUGCCAAACAGCAUUUCCCCUGUCACAAAGACUGUGAAGCUGCCAGGAAGCACCUUUCACUGGAGUUAGGACUGCAGAAUCAGUUAACAUUGGUUUUUUGAAAAAUAUAAUUUAUUUCUUCAGUGAUGCAGAGAAAUUCCAUUGUAUUUGUCAGUAGGUUACUGUGUAGAGUUGAAAUGUGCCUCCACAGUGUAUUUCUAAUUCCCAAACUGUGUUCUAACUUGCAUUUCGUAUUUAGACUUUUCAUGGGCAGCUGCAUGCAUGCAUCAUGAGGUGUUUGGGAUUCAGGCUUGAAACCUGACCAUUUUUUUAAAGCAACAUUACGUAACUGUUUUAACUUAAAAUAACACCUUCAAAAUCACCUUGAUGGUCAUUCCCACUCUUUUCUGGAAGGCCUGUUCUGCACUAUGUAACCUGGGUAGGUGGGUACGAUCUUCUAUGAGAAGUGCGUAACAGAUCUUGGUCACACACCAACUAAGAGGGUGAAUAUUGUUGAAUAUGUUUUCUAGUUCCCCUCUGAUGUCCUUUGGCUGCUUUGCUUCAGCUAUCCAUGAUUUUCUAUUUGCGAUUUUCUGGAUGGACUGAUAGCUUUACUCGUUGCUAAAGUAACGGCUAACUGCUGCUUACUGUAGAUAGCUCAGUUAACCAUGCAGCUAACUGACUUAGCCCAGACUGGACUGGGAGCUCGGAGCACCGGAGUGUGUUGGUGUUUACACUGCACAACACAGGAGCUUUGUGCCACUGGGAUGAAGAGGAUUUCGGGGCCCAUAGGUAGCAAGGAGCAGUGACGCAUUAUGGAUACUUGAAUUGGAGCCAGGUGACCAGAUGACCAGGUAACGGAACUAGGCACAGCAUCCUCUACAGACAUGAUGCCAGUGAAAGACUGAGGAAGAUGUUGACAGAGGACACUAUCAGGAGAAAAAGACAGAGUGGCCGAACAAGUGGUAAAUAGUAGUAAAUGUAAAUCACAAACUGGACUUUAAUUGUUGGCAAGAGAUUCGGAAAAUAAAAGCUGCAAGACAGAUGGCCUUCUUGCUGGUGGACUAGUAAGUCAUAUUAGCUGGUUUGCUAUGUUAUUGCACUUGCUUGAUGUUUGGCUGUGUUAGCAAAGUUGUUGACUCACAAGCUUUUAAUCACAACAAAUGCACAUGUACAGCUGUCCUCAUGUAUAAGUGUAUAAUUGCAAUCUGAAACCGGUGGGACACCAAAUUCUUGCAUAAUGUGGCUUUAAUGUGCAAUAUGUACUUUGGAUAAGAAUUGUAACAAGCCCAGUUAAAGUGGUAUUUUAAACAAAAACAUAAUCAGAUCUAUUUUUCUGUGCAAAGUGUGACCCUUUGCCUCUCUGUUAUUCCCUCCAGCCUCCUUCCCACCUCUUCAAACCACUGUCAUUCUUUUCACAUCCACCAGAUGCCCUCAGCUUUUCAGUUUUUGAGUUUGAAUUUAUUUGAAUUCAUGCUUGCAGAUACUGAAUAGAAGCAGAAUUAACAUUAAAACAUAAAUGUAUACAUUCAUAUACAUGAUGUACAUAAUAAAAAAACUAAAAACAAGUAAGAAAACUGUACAUAUAUCUAAUCUGUAUACACACAGGCAUCCAUACAUUCAACUAUAUGCUUAUAUACAACCAUGCAUAUAUUUUAAAAUGGCAUUAAAGAGAAAAAUAUGCAACACCAAACACACUGAAAAGGAAAGAAAAAACAAAGACACACAAAACAAACCAUUCAGGCUGAAACUAUACAUCUUUCCAUUCUGUUCCCAUCACCUGACUGCCUCACCUGCUCCUUCUCCUGUCAUCACUCCUCAGGCUAUUUAAAUAGCCCAUUUUCAUUCAUCCCUUGUCGGUUCAUCCUACUUCCUUUGUUGCUUUUUGCAAGUUUCCAUAAGUAUAAAUUGCCAUUAACUUUAUAUUUAUGGCCCUGCGCCUACCUGUUUGCCUGCUUGCCUACCUACCUGUAAGCCUUGAUCCCUCAUUAAUCACAUUCUGCUCCCUCCCUCACUGUUUGCACCUCAGGAUCCUUUCCCUGGUGAUACUCUCCUUCCUGUAACUUCAUUGAUUAAUCUGUCUGUUGUUUUCACAAAUAAUCAUUUAGUCUAUAAAAUGUCAAAAAAAAAAAAAAAAAAAUCUUCGGUUUUGCCUUUAAAAUGACCGGAAUGAUUAAUUGACUAAAGUUGGUAACUAAUUUUCGUGACCGCUUUUCUUUCUUUCUUUUCAUGAAAUGUUGAUUGACUCAUCAAUUACCAGACUAUUUGUGGCAGCCCUGCAUUUAAUGUUGGGAAACCCUGAAAAUAGAGAAACACUGAAAUACAAAUACAGAAUUCACAAAAUGUAAAUUCUCCUCUAAACAUGAAUCUUUAAUGUUGUCAUGAAUCACUGAUUAAUCAGCAGACACCAGGGGCAGAGAGUGGAAUGUGAAGUAUUAAAACGGCACAAACCACAGACACUAUACCAAAACAUAAGUCUGUAAUUAUAGCAAAUUCACUAUUUGCUGUAUUUGACUAUCGCCAGUAACAGCUGAAUUAAAGAGAUUCAUCCAUAACAUUAAGCUACAAACUAUUUACUUUGUUUUUUGAAGCCUACAGAAGAACCUAAACUGUGACUGAGAUUAUUUCCAGAAAUACAACAAUUCAGUUUUCUUGUGGGAAAAUACGAGGAACUGUUUUACCAGGAUGGAUAAGACCACAGUCAUGCACUAAGAUAAUUCAUGAUUACGUGUAUGAUAAGUGAAGCCAGUUUGGUAUUGUACAACCAACUUAUGAAAGAUGUCUGUGGGAGACGUAACAGAUGAUAAGCAUAAUUUUUAUAGACUGAUGACGAUUUAAUCCAGUGGCAGCUUCAAAAACGUCUGAAUGAAUGAAUAAAUAAAUAAUUAAAAUGUUAUUUGUGUGCCUGAGGACUCAAAUUAUCUUCUGUUUAUCUAUCACAUGAAUGAAUCAGCAUGGCACAAUCUUCAGUGCACAUAAAAUCUUCAUUCAGCAGGUAACAAUGUGCAUCAUUACUUGACUGACUAUCAAAAAUCCUUCAUGAUUCAGACUUCUUGCAAAAGGAGGCAGUUGAUGAUAAAAUUCCCUCGUGUUUGUUUUUAACAGAGCAGAUGCACUAGUGUUGAUUCUGUGAGUGCAAGUGGGAGAGGGACACACAAACUGCAAUUAAUUUUUCUGAAUAUCCAUGAAUUUUUUCCAACUCUAGUAAUGUGAUCAGCUACAUAAAUUCCUGUCUCUGUAGUUCUUUUUGCCUCUGUCCAGAAAUAGGUGUCUUUUUAUUUCACUGCAUCUAUUUGUUUACUUUUAAAUGUGUGAAUGUAGAUAGUGAACAAAGAUGCACUUUGGUGACUUUAAACCAACACUGUUAUCUCUUCAUGAAAUGUUAAUAUCUUGACAAUAACCUUGAGACGUUUUAUAAACAUUGGUUUGUUCAAAAUGAAAACCUUAGCUGUCUUAAUUAUUUUGUGUUUAAAAAAAUCAACAGUGUGCAUGCAUAUGUUAAUAUAUAUUGUUGUAUGUAAGCAAGGUUUUAAAACAGCUUAUUGCAAGCCGUUUCAGCGUAUACUGAAUGUUUGUCUGACACUGCCAACUAAAACUUUUCCAGACCUCUUUCUGCUACAUUCAUCAUGGAUAAGGACAUAAAUAAACAGAGUGGAAUACAGCUCGUUAAACUGCAGCACAGCCGAUGUGAGAUUAGUUUUAUUAGAAAGGUAUGCCAUAAAAAAUGUUUACAUGUGCUCAAAAAAUGUUCACCUUGUCAAUCAAAAUGAAAUUAAUGUUUAAACUGGCAUUUAUGCAAAACAAAUAUUUCAAGUCAAAAAAAAAAAAAAAAACCUACGUCACUGCAUAAGGUACCUUUGUCCCUGUCUUCUUUAUAUAUACACAUUAUACAGUAUGUAUAUAUUCUUCUAUACAUUUUAAAGGCAUUGAAUAAAUCCAAGAGUUGCAUUAAAA